AGAUCAGCAAAAAGAUUACUUGAUCAGAUAGUUGAAAAGGGAAGACCUGCACCUGGCUUUCAUCAUGGUGAUGGACCUGGAAAUGCAGUCCAAGAAAUUAUGAUUCCAGCAAGUAAAGCAGGAUUAGUUAUUGGGAAAGGUGGAGAGACAAUUAAACAGUUACAGGAGCGGGCAGGUGUCAAAAUGGUCAUGAUUCAAGAUGGGCCACAGAACACUGGUGCAGACAAGCCCCUUAGGAUAACUGGAGACCCUUACAAAGUUCAACAAGCCAAGGAAAUGGUGCUGGAGUUAAUCCGUGAUCAAGGUGGCUUUAGAGAGGUGCGCAACGAAUAUGGGUCAAGAAUAGGAGGAAAUGAAGGGAUAGACGUUCCAAUACCACGAUUUGCUGUAGGUAUUGUAAUUGGAAGAAAUGGGGAGAUGAUAAAAAAGAUCCAGAAUGAUGCUGGUGUUAGGAUCCAGUUUAAGCCAGAUGAUGGAACAACUCCAGAUAGAAUAGCCCAGAUCACAGGGCCUCCUGACAGAUGUCAGCAUGCUGCAGAAAUUAUUACAGAUCUCCUUCGCAGUGUUCAGGCUGGUAACCCUGGUGGCCCAGGACCUGGUGGUCGAGGAAGGGGUAGAGGCCAAGGCAACUGGAACAUGGGGCCUCCUGGUGGAUUACAGGAAUUCAAUUUUAUUGUCCCUACUGGCAAAACUGGAUUAAUCAUUGGCAAAG